AUGGAGACUACAGAUAACACAACACAACCAACCACAACAGAAGAGCAAAAGGCUACUGAAGUAGAAGAGACUACCACCACUACUACCAGCACUCCUGCAACUGAGAAUAAGGAGCAGAAAAAGCAAAACACAAAGCAUGAUAAAGAAAAGAAAAAGUAAGAGAGAUUAGCUGCUAGACAGUAAAAAACAGCCGAAGUUGAGUACAAGAAGGACCCCAACGAUAUAUCAGCUCAUCUUUUUGGUGACCUAGAACUUAACAGAUCAUAAUCAGACCCUGAGUUGAGAUAUGCUCGCACAUUCACUUAGGUUAAGGAUUUAGACGCUAGUCUUCAAGGAUAAGAGGUGUUGGUAAGAGGUAGAUUACACACAUCAAGAGCCACUGGCAAAAUGUGCUUCAUCGUAUUGAGAGAGCAAUUUGCCACUGUUUAAUCAGUUCUAUUCGUCAGUGAAAAAAUUAGCAAAGGUAUGGUUGAUUUUUCAAGAAGAAUUCCAAAAGAAUCAAUUAUUGAUCUUAAGGCGAUCGUCUCUGUUCCAGAAAAGGAGGUAUAAGGAUGUUCUCAAAAGGUUGAAUUAUAAAUCACAGAGGUUUGGGUAGUCAAUAAGUCAGUUCCUAUGCUUCCCUUCCAAUUAGAAGAUGCUAGUAGAAGAGUUGAGAAUUAGGAAGAUGAGGAGAAAGCCCCAGAAAAUAAGGAAGAGUCAAAGGAUGGCAAGAUGGCUGUUGUUGGUCAAGAUGUCAGACUCAACAAUAGAAUCAUCGAUUUAAGAGUUCCAGCUAACUAAGCCUUGAUGAGACUCCAAUCAGCUGUUGGGUUUUUGUUUAGAGAAUUCUUAUACAGCAAAGAUUUCAUUGAAAUUCACUCACCAAAACUUAUUGGAGGUACCUCAGAAGGUGGUGCUAACGUAUUCAGACUUCCAUAUUUCGACUAGGAAGCUUGCCUUGCUCAAUCCCCAUAACUUUACAAGCAAAUGGUCCUUUGUGGAGAUAUGUAAAGAGUUUUCGAAAUCGGUCCAGUCUUCAGAGCUGAAGAUUCUAACACUAACAGACAUUUGUGCGAGUUCACAGGUUUGGAUAUAGAAAUGGUUUUCAAAGAACACUACUUUGAAAUUCUUGAUUUAUUGGCUGAUCUAUUUGUUCAUAUCUUCCAAGGACUUGAGACCAGAUUUGGAAAAGAACUCGCGAUUGUUGCUGAGUAAUAUCACUUCGAACCAUUCAAGUGCAAGACUCCAGUUGUAAGACUUAACUUCAAGGAAGCUGUUCAACUUCUUGCCGAAAAUGGUCUUUUCUAAGAGCCACUUCAAGAUUUGAAUACCUAUAACGAGCAACAACUUGGAAGACUUGUGAGAGAGAAAUACGACACUGACUUCUAUAUGCUCUAUGGAUAUCCAACCAAUGCUAGACCUUUCUACACUAUGUUGGAUCCUACCGACCCUAACUACACUAACUCUUACGAUUUCUUCAUGAGAGGAGAAGAAAUCACUUCAGGCGCUCAAAGAAUCCAUGACCCAGAGUUCCUAGCUCAAAGAGCCACCGCCCACAAUAUCCCAGUAAACACUAUCCAAGAGUAUAUUGAUUCAUUCAAGUAUGGUGCUCCUCCCCACGGUGGUUGCGGUAUCGGUCUAGAGAGAGUCGUUAAGCUUUACUGCGGUAUUAGAAACAUCAGAAAGUGCUCAUUAUUCCCUAGAGACCCCAAGAGGCUAAGACCAUGA